CAAUUUGUUGUUUGCGCUUGUGGCUAGUGGAUCGCUUCGUUUGUUGGCUACAUGUCGGGAAUUUAUAAAUACUGCCGCGGACCGUUUAAUUGGAUAGAAGAAUAAAAUCAAACCGAAUUCAUGGAGUAUACGAAUCGCGAGUGGCUAGUGAUGGGUAUUAAGUGAUCAAUUCGGAGAAUAAAAUUGGAUUAGUGGAUCUAGUGACGCUAAAGCUCAAAUCUUGGUGAACUGAUAAAUAAGAUCUUUCUGUCUGGUAACACCUUUACAAAGGUGGUAGGUGAACAGAAUGGUCCUGCUGGCUUCAAUCGGUGCAUUCCUGUCAAUGCUUACAUUGACACCGAUUCUUUCGUUGAUGUUUUUCAUCAUCUUCCUGGCCUCGAUGGGGAAGUCCUUAGGCGUCCGGCGGAUGUAUGUGCAGCUGCUCGUAAAAAUUUUCGAGUACGGUCGGCAAAACAUCGAAAUUGUUCGCAAGAAGCAGUAUGCCAACCUCAACACGUCGGAAUGUGAGGAUUCCUCUCCGGCAAAAAGCGAAUCCAGUGACAGUUGCACCACCGACAGUUCAGCAAAGCCCAGUGAAACUUCGGUCAACGGUGACGUAACCAAACCCAUACAAAAUGGAGAUAUUGCCAAUGGCGGUAACUCGGUGAUAAGUCGUGUUGAGUCUCUUAUCCUUUUGCCGGACGUUGAAGGUGUUCGGAGUAAAAGCCGUGAAUCGAACAAUGAGGACGACAACGAUUCAUUUGAAUUCAAUCUAUCGAAUUGCUUGGAUUAUGUUAGAUCCGGCAUGGAAGCCAUCAUUGAAGACGAGGUGACCAGCCGAUUCGAAGCCGAAGAGCUCAAAAAUUGGAAUCUUCUCACGAGAACGAACAGACACUACGAGUUCAUAUCAUGGCGUCUGACUGUCAUUUGGGUGAUCGGAUUCUUCAUCCGAUACGUCAUUCUCAUGCCUUGUAGAGUAUUUAUUUGCUUCGUUGGUGUCGUGUACUGCGUAAUUGGAUUUGCGUUCGUCGGAAUUAUCCCCAACCGCCAACUUCGAAUAAAGGCAAACGACUAUGUUUUCAAACAUACCUUCCGUAUGAUCUGUCGUUCUCUAUCUGCAGUGAUUAACUUUCAUAAUUUAGAAUACAAACCGAAAAACUGCGGUUUUUGCGUUGCGAAUCAUACAACGCCUAUUGAUAUCGCAGUUCUUUCAACUGAUCACUCGUAUUCUUUGAUUGGUCAAAGGCAUGGUGGAUUCUUAGGUGUUCUUCAAAGAGCACUAGCCCGGGCUUCCCCUCAUAUUUGGUUCGAGCGUGCUGAGGCUAAAGACAGAAUGGCAGUUGCUAAGAGGCUAAAGGAGCACGUAUCAGAUCCGACAAACCCACCGAUUCUCAUCUUUCCGGAGGGCACCUGUAUUAAUAACACAUCUGUGAUGCAAUUUAAAAAAGGAAGCUUUGAAGUGGGUGGCGUGAUAUAUCCGGUAGCUAUCAAGUACGAUGCGCGUUUCGGGGAUGCAUUUUGGAACAGUUCGAAAUAUUCGAUGAUGCAGUACCUAUACAUGAUGAUGACCUCGUGGGCGAUCGUAUGUGAUGUCUGGUACCUACCACCGAUGACGCGAGACGAAAAUGAGUCAGCCAUAGACUUUGCCAAUCGCGUGAAAAGCGUCAUCGCCAAGCAGGGCGGUUUGGUGGAUCUGGUGUGGGAUGGGCAGUUGAAACGAAUGAAACCAAAGAAAGAGUGGAAGGAGAAACAACAGGAGGAAUUCACCAAACGGCUUAAAGGUGAAUGAAAACCAAUUAGGGAUGUGAAAUGUGCGAUGACAUUGUAGGCUGACACUGAACCGUAGUAAAUCGAACUCCUUGUGUACUAGCGUGAAGAUUGUUUGAGAGAGAUGUGUUGAUUCAUAAGGUGGAAAAAAAGAAACAAUGGAAAUGUCGAAAUACGAGCAUGGAACAAUUUUAUGAAGCUCUAGUCUGCGAGAGAAAGACAGAUUACAAUGUAACUAUUAACAAGCAGCCAAAAUUGUGUGUAAAGCCUACUAAAAAUAGAUUUAAAUGUUAAUUUUACAUUUAAAAGUGAGAAAAAUGAUAUUUAUUGCAUCCACGUUUGAUCAACGUCCAACUAUGUAAAUGUCGUACAAUAGAAUGUUGAGUUGAAAUAGGAGACAAAACUAAUUUAACGGAGAAAAAAAUAAAGUUAUAAUUUGUUUGUAGCAAUCCAGUUGUUCAAUAUUCGGCAUACCAACGCAAUGAACAGAACCAAGCCUUUAUUUAUUCCAAUAUCGUCAGCCAUUGUGACCAAGAAUCCAACGUGGAUCGCAUUUAGGAAGAUAACAAGUCCUAUGUAUUAUAUCAAACACACUUUACACUGCUUUAAAAUCGAUGUAAUAUAUUAAGUAGACAGUAAACUACUAAAUAAGACUGAAAAUCUUGUAAUUUUUGUCUAUGAGUGACAGUAACGAUAAAGAAGAAAUGAGCUAGAGUGAACAAAGUGAUCAUUCAAUAAUCCAAAUCAGUACACCAUAAAUACUAAACAGGCACAAUUUCAGUGGCAACACAAUACGGAUUGUCCUAUUUGUUCAAGCUGGAAGCUGAAGCUAAGAAAGUUAAUUAUGUCAAUUGUCAUACAAGUACAUAAUGGACAAUCAAAAGAGAAAAUAGGCAACUCGACUAGCUUAGUCUUAUUUGGAUCAUGCAUGGAGUAUCGGGUCGUACAAAGAGAACAAAACUGGAAAAUGUAAGACAAAGCUGCCCUUAUUCAGCCAGAAACUACCAAAACCAUAUGUCAAUAUAUUAUUUGGAAAUGCUAAAAUAUAUCUCGAUUACUUUUGUAAACAAAUUCUGCUCGAUUAAUUUUGUAAACAAAUUCUGCUCGAUUACUUUUGUAAACAAACUCAAUUACUCCUUUUGUAAUCAAAGAUUCAAAUGUCAAUUUGUCGAAACUCACUUGUUUUCCUAAUACCUUGUUCAGACAUACAAAGUUCACUGUUGUACUACCGUUGCACUGCUUUAAGCUAGUACCACAAACUGUACUUUUUGAGGUACUAGAUUAAAUGAGUACAACGGUACUAAUUUGUAUAUCUGUCUUUGGCAUAACAAGGUGCUGCUAUUAGUUUGCGUUGAUGUGCUAAGAGUCUCGACAAAUUGACGUUUGAAUCUUUGUUUACAAUAUUUUCAAAAGCAGAUAAGUCCCUUUAAAAAAGUAAGCGACUUAUACAUAUUCACUCAAUUCUCAAGUUAAAAAUAAACCCAAAUUAAAUUCUGAAGCCUUCUAAACAUGCUUAUGAAUUGUUUAAAUUAUUUCCGGAUCUGUAGACUUUAAUACAAGAAAUCCCCUUGAAACAUCCUAACUUAUUUUUGAAAAUAAUGGAUAGCCUCGUCUAUUGAUGGACAACAAAGCAUAACAUUCCGAGACACUAUCGGUAUUUUGAUACCGCUUUGUCAUUCCACAAUUUCAAUUUUACUAACAUUCAAUAUGACUUCUACGCGGAGAAUAACUAAAAUUUCAGCAGUUUUUUUUUAGGUUAGCACCACAUGAAAAGAUUCCACAAUGUUAUCUCUCCAUAAUCCUCGGGAAUCGAGCAUGGAUCCCAAUUAGUCCCAAUGACCAUUAAGGAUUCGUUUAUGUUGGAGUCGAUCUCCAGGAAAUUCUCGUCGUUCCAUUGAUCUGGUAGGGUCACUUGUUGCGUUGAAUUUUUUGUUUUGUCGCUAACGAGAAAUCCAGUUUUUAGUACAAUCGUUGAUUGAUCGAUAUGUUAAACUCCAAGUGUGAACCAACCGUUCUGUUUCAAAGAAGACAAUUAAAUCAUUUAGCACUAUAUGAAAACAAUUUACAUAUUACAAAACUUAAAUUUAGAUUUUCGGUUUUAUUACGUUUGCUUGAAUAAUUUGCGUCAUUGAUCGGAAUAUCCUCGUUCAAAAAUAUAAAGUGAUAAUCAAACUAGGUUGAACCUGUUAUACAAUAAAGUAAUUCCAUCAGAAAAAUAGAGAUUAACCAACGCAUAUUCAAUGGUUCUUGUGCCGCAUUAUUUCAAUUUUAAUUCUCUCUGUCAUAAAGCCAAACAUUGAAAAUUUGCAGAUCGCAGAGGUAAAACACUGUUGUUUUUCGUAUGCAAAAGUUUCCAGUGCUCCUAGAAAGAAUAAGAUAAGUUAUGAAUUAAGCGAUAUGUUUAUUAUUGAGUAGGCUGUCGGGAUGAAAAUAAAAAAUCGAUUCUUUGUUAACAAA